UCCCCCGAUUCUAUUAAAUUACUUCUGAAAACCUGAAUAGCGUCCUUGUCAUUUCUAGCUAGCUACUACUAGCUAAUUUACGCACUGCGAGGGGAUUUACAAGCAACACAUGUUGUCACUUUCUUCCAAUGCCUCAUAGUCCUCAGGGUGUGAGAGUGUAAGGGGGUGCGGCUGCCACAAUUCCAGAAGAGGGAGGGAGAAAGGCAUUCUGCCUUUGAACCCCAGAGAGGCACAAUCUGCCCCAGAGACUGGUAUAAUCGUGAUGUCAGAGGAAGAUGGUAAACCCGUCCAGGCUCCGGAGGCCAAGGCAGAGCCAGUGGCCCCCAGUGGCCAGGGACCUACGUCCGUGUCCACAACUGUGUCGGGGCCCCCCACCCCCACCGAGGAUGAGGAGGAUGAGAGCGAAGACGAGUCUGAGAUCCUGGAGGAGAGCCCUUGCGGCCGCUGGCAGAAACGCAGAGAGGAGGUGAACCAGCGGAACGUCCCAGGGAUAGACGCUGCCUACCUGGCCAUGGACACAGAGGAGGGGGUGGAGGUGGUCUGGAACGAGGUUAUGUUCUCUGAGAGGAAAAACUUCAAACUGCAGGAGGAGAAGGUGAAGUCUGUGUUUGACAACCUGAUUCAGCUGGAGCACCUCAACAUUGUCAAGUUUCACAAGUACUGGGCUGACAUCAAUGACAUCAACCGUGCCAGGGUGAUUUUCAUCACAGAAUACAUGUCCUCGGGAAGUCUGAAACAGUUUCUGAAGAAGACUAAGAAGAACCACAAGACCAUGAAUGAAAAGGCCUGGAAGAGAUGGUGCACCCAGAUCCUCUCAGCGCUCAGUUACCUCCACUCCUGUGAGCCGCCCAUCAUCCACGGGAACCUGACCUGUGACACAAUCUUCAUCCAACACAACGGACUCAUCAAGAUAGGAUCAGUGGCUCCAGACACCAUCAACAACCAUGUGAAGACCUGCAGAGAGGAACAGAAAAACCUGCACUUCUUCGCUCCUGAAUAUGGAGCUGUUGCAGAUGUCACCACUGCAGUGGAUAUCUAUUCCUUUGGGAUGUGUGCCUUGGAGAUGGCAGUGUUGGAGAUCCAGGGGAAUGGAGAAUCUUCCUACGUCUCUCAGGAGGCCAUCAACAAUGCCAUACAGUCACUGGAAGACCCACUGCAGAGGGAGUUUAUUCAGAAGUGUCUGGAGGCUGACCCGUUUAAGAGGCCUACAGCCAGAGAGCUGCUUUUCCACCAGGCUCUGUUUGAGGUGCCCCUGUUAAAGCUGCUAGCUGCACACUGCAUCGUCAGCCACCAGCAUAUGAUCCCUGAGAAUGCCUUAGAGGAGAUCACUAAGAACAUGGACCCCAACCUCAUCAUCGCUGAGAUAAAGGAGGGCGUGCAGCUGAAGCUGUCUCAGUUUCCUGCCCUGGAGCUGGAUAAGUUCCUGGAGGAUGUCAGGAAUGGUAUCUACCCCCUGACAGCGUUCGGUCUGCCCUCUCGCCAGCAGCCCCAGCAGUCCCCUGUCAAAUCCCCCAUUGUCACCCCCUCCGUCAAAUCCCCUACCCCAGAACCUUCUGAACUAGAGACACGCAAGGUUGUUCAGAUGCAGUGUAAUAUUGAGCCAGUGGAGGAGGGUGCAAAACAUCAUCUGACACUACUGUUGAAGCUGGAGGACAAACUGAACAGACACUUAAGCUGUGACUUGUUACCCAAUGAGAACGUACAGGAACUGGCUGUUGAACUGGUCCAACUGGGCUUUAUCAGCGAGGUGGACCAAAGCAGGAUGGCCACUGUACUAGAAGAGGCCUUCACCAAGUUCUUCAGCAGGAACGAUUCCCUCAACCCUGUCACUGUGUCCACAUAACAGGAUCACCACAGACCCCCACUCCAGUACCUCUAUAUACGCCUCCACAGGCACCUUCGUAGGUGGUUUGAAAUCAGAUACAAAUCUAAUUCCUGGCCAUGCGACUUGUCUGAACGGUCAAAUCUGAUUUUAUUUGCCCUCAAGUGGUUUUUACUGUUAUUUGGCAUAUCUUGUUGCUUGAUAGCUUCUCCGUUGACAGUUUGAC